CCGGAAUGAAGUCAAAACAAUACUGCUUGAACUUGUAUUUAUAUCUUCCUCUCUUCACUCUCCAUGCACAACAAGCCAUACCAAUUUCUAAGGUUAACUUCACCACCUUACUGUAAAUUCAUGGAUCCAUUCCUCCAUUCCCCGUUCUAUUUAAUUUCCAGUCUGUUUGCGUUCUUAGUCUUUAUCUUUUUUGUGGUGAAAAGACAUAGCACAUAUGGAAGACAGGGCAUAGUCUUGCCUGAAGCUGGUGGCGCAUGGCCUUUCAUAGGCCAUAUGCAUCUUCUGGGUCCAAAUCAGCUGACGCAUUAUACACUUGGAACCAUGGCUGAUAAGUAUGGACCAGCUUUCACCAUCAAGCUUGGAUCUCACAAAGUUAUGGUGUUGAGUAACUGGGAAAUGGCUAAAGAGUGUUUCCACACUCAUGACAAGAAUUUUGCAGAAAAGCCGGCUGUUUUGGCCUCUAACCUACUGGGAUACAACUCGGCUAUGUUUGCUAUCGCUCCAUAUGGCUCUUACUGGCGCAAGAUACGAAAGAUUGUGUCCCUUGAACUUCUAUCCGUUCGACGAAUUGAAAUGUUAAAGGGCCUACGAGUUUCAGAGGUGCAGACAUCAAUAAGAGAAGUGUACAAGUUAUGGGUCGAGAGUGGUAGUAACAGGCAUGGAGUGUUAGUAGAUAUGAAGCAACUGUUUGCAAAUAUAACACAUAAUUUGAUAAUGGCUAUGGUGGCUGGAAAGAGGUACUACGGAGGUCGUGCUAAUGGUAAGGAAGGAGAGGCACAAAAGUUUGAAAAGAUGAUGAGGAAGUUUGGAUAUUUAUUUGGAGUGUUUUUAUUUUCUGAUUCUAUACCCUUUUUGAAAUGGCUGGACUCUAGAGCACAUAAGCGGGACAUGAAGAGAACUGCGCAAGAAUUGGAUGAUUUUAUUCAGGGGUGGUUGGAAGAGCAUAAACAGAAGAGGUUAGUGAGAGGAGAGGGACCAGAAGGAGAUGAGGAUUUUAUGGAUGUGAUGCUAACCAUUCUGAAUGAUGUUGAAAUAGCUGGUUUCAAUGCUGAUACCAUAAAUAAGGCUACAUCUUUGAACCUUAUAUUAGCAGGAUCUGACUCCACAACGGUGGCUCUAAUAUGGGCCGUGUGUCUCCUGCUCAACAAUCGUCAUAUUUUAGACAAGGCACAAGCAGAGCUUGACAAUAUUGUCGGCAAAGAUAGACAUGUUGAUGAAUCAGACAUCAAAAACCUUGUUUAUCUCCAAGCAAUUGUCAAGGAAACCUUGAGGCUCUGCCCGCCUAGUCCAGUAAUUCCUCUCCGUUCUGCAAUCAAUGAUUGCAUCAUCAAGCCCGGAUACAACAUAUCUGCUGGUACUCGUGUCAUGGUAAACAUUUGGAAAAUUCACAGAGAUGCGAGUGUGUGGUCUGAGCCAAACGAGUACAAGCCAGACAGGUUCUUGACAACUCACAAGGACAUUGAUGUGAAAGGGCGUAACUUUGAGCUCAUUCCUUUCGGCUCUGGAAGGAGAUCUUGUCCAGGUUCAGCGCUUGCACUACAGUCGUUGCAUCUGGCUCUGGCUAGUUUCAUACAUUGUUUUGAUAUGACCAAUAUAUCUAGUGAAGAUGUGGACAUGACUGAGAGCUUUGGUUUGACAAACUUCAAAGCAACUCCUCUUCAAGUUUUUCUCUUGCCAAGGCUGCAGCCUGGCUUGUAUCUGUAAAUUCCAGCCUGCCCCCUAUAGCUGGGAUAGUGUUUCAAAUAAGUCUUUGCUUUCAGUCAUUACUCUGGUAAUAAUCUUCAAGGAAAGAGCUUGUUAUGUUUUAAUCUCCAGACACAGUCACAACAUCCAUCAUAGAUGCUGUUUGUUUUUUUAUAUCCGUUUCUGCUUUGUAAUAGCUCAAGUGUGCUGAAAUUUAUUAUCACACCCCCCUUAAGCUUCCUUUUUUCCUGUAAGAAAAGCUGAAUAGCAAUUAUUAUCUAUUUUACUACAGUUCAUAUGCUC